UGAUGUAGACGUCGUCGCUAAAACAACUCUGACACGGCUUGUUUAAAAUCCCAAGACGGACACAAACACUUUCAUUGUGAUCCCAUACCUUCCUCUCUUCUUCUCCUAAUAAAGAAAAUUAAAAAAAGACAAUCUCAUCUCUCUCUGUCUCUGCGGCUGAUUCGAAGAUGGGCGUUGAUCUGGAAUCUAUCUCGGAGGCUACAUCUGGAGCUAUAGGCUCGCUUCUCAGCACAACCAUUCUGUACCCUCUCGAUACCUGUAAAUCAAAGUUCCAGGCCGAGAUCAGCGUUCGCGGUCAGCAGAAAUACAGAUACUUGUCGGAUGUGUUUUGGGAAGCGAUUUCUACAGGGAAGGUUCUCUCUUUGUAUCAAGGCCUUGGGACUAAGAAUCUGCAGUCCUUCGUUUCCUCUUUCAUCUACUUCUAUAGUUACAGCUAUUUCAAGAGGUUGCACUGUGAAAAGUUUGGCUCCAAGUCGAUUGGUACAACGGCUAACCUGCUCCUUGCUGCUGCUGCUGGAGUUUGUACCUCUGUUUUGACCCAACCUCUAGAUACAGCUUCGUCAAGGAUGCAAACAAGCGAGUUUGGCAAAGCUAAAGGACUGUGGAAGACCUUAACCGAAGGUGCUUGGGGAAAUGCAUUUGAUGGCCUUGGGAUCUCUCUUUUGCUCACUUCCAAUCCUGCAAUUCAGUAUACAGUGUUUGACCAGCUGAAACAGAACCUUCUUGAAAAAAGAAAGGCAAAAGCCAACAAAGACUCUUCCCCUGUAGUCCUCUCUGCCUUUAUGGCCUUCUUGUUAGGUGCCGUGUCGAAAAGCGCUGCUACCGUCAUCACAUAUCCAGCAAUCAGGUGCAAGGUGAUGAUCCAAGCAGCAGAUGACCCGAAGGACAAUGAAGCGAAGAAGAUCCCAAAAAGAGUCAGGAAAACGAUUCCCUACGUCAUCUCUGCUAUAUGGAAAAAAGAAGGAGCCUUAGGGUUCUUCAAAGGCUUGCAGGCUCAGAUCUUGAAGACGGUUCUGAGCUCCGCGUUGCUACUAAUGAUCAAGGAGAAAAUCACUGCAACCACGUGGUUUCUCAUUCUAGCAAUAAGGAAAACUCUGUUUGUCACGAAAGGUAGGUUGAAAAGUCCAUAAAGAUUUGCAUCUUCCGCAAGUGUCCCAGGGAGGCCAAAGCAAGAGCAAACAAGAACUUUGGUUUGGUGAGUCUGUUAUUGAAAGAAUUUGGAGCAGGCAAGUAUUGUAGACUUUUCUUAUUUCAAAAACUAUUGAUUUUUUUUUAAGCAAGGAGAGUUUGUGGGAGUAAGACAACUUUCUGGUUAUUGUGUAGUUACUUACGUUGGUUUUCUUCAGUUGUAAUAAAAAUAAUGAUCUAUGUGUAGGAUCAUGUGACUGAUUAUAAAAAGAAAUGUUAUUAUUCAAAGCUUGAAUCACCU